AUGAAUAACAGUCUUAUUGAAGAUUGUACAAAUGGUACAUCAGGUAGUGUAAGUGGAUCAGGCUGGUCAAACACUGAUAUUUUUCAUAAAUAUCUUGGUGAACAUUUUAUAAAAUAUGCUCAAGGAUUAACAGAUGACCAGCCUGUUCUACUGAUUUAUGAUGGCCACAAAUCACAUGUAGCUUUAAGCGUAAUUGCAUGGGCAAAGGCUCACAAUAUUAUAAUUUUAGUUUUGCCAGCCCACUGCAGUCACAUUCUACAACCAUUAGAUGUUGGCUGCUUUGGGCCCCUUAGCAGAAUUUUAAAUAAUUCCUGUCAUAAAUAUUUACGUGAGCAUAGAGAACCAAUCAAUAGGUACAAUAUUGGUAAACUUGCUACAGAUGCAUAUGUGAAGGCUUUGUCGCCACAUAACUUAAAAACUUCCUUUGAAAAAACAGGGAUAUAUCCAUUGGAAAAAAACUGUGUGUCUGCCAUCACUUUGCUUCCGUCAACGGUAUUUACGACGGACAUAGUUGACCCUGACGACGCUGUACAAAACAAACAAACUGACCAUGACAGUGAGCAUUCUCCAUCUGUUAACAGUGACGCUGGAUAUGUCUUACCUGACACUGGACUUGACUUACCUGACACUGGACUUGAUUUACCCGACACUAGACUUGACUUACCUGACACUAGAGUUGACUUACCUGACACUAGACUUGACUUACAUGACACUAGACUUGACUUACCUGACACUGGACUCGACUUACCUGACACUAGAGUUUACUUACCUGACACUGGAAACAUCACAUUGAUUGAUGAGGCAGAUCCAUUGCCUGACGAAGAUGAGACAGACAUCUUGACGAAUAACGAAAUACAGAAGAGUCCAGCUGGUUUUUUCAAACAAUGUGAGAAAAAUAUUGGUAUUGUUGUAAAAAAACAAACAAAAAAGAGGAAGUAUUUGUCAAAUAUUACUUCUGGCAAAGCUAUAACUGAGGAUGAUGUAAUGGCUGAUAUUGUAGCACAUUGUAAAAAGCCAAAGAUUACACAAGUUAUUAACAAAAAGAAACCAAAGAGUGUAAAUAAUACAAGUAAAUGUAAAAAAACUAAAGCAUGUGUGGAAAACGAUGUUAAGGUUACUAAACCUAAAAAAGCAAAAAAAGUUAAAGUUAUUGCUAAAGCAAAAAAUAUGUCACCAAAACCUGGUACUUCUGGUUUACAGAAACUGAUUAUUUCAGAUGAUGACUCAUUUGAUGAUACAUGCAGUAUUGAAGAUACUGAUGAGUCACCAUGUUGUGUAUGUAAGAAACGUUUCCCAGAAGCAUUGAGACAGUGUGUGUCUCUUGUUUUUGCUCAGUGGGGUAAAUGUAUGUAUCCUCAAUGUGACCACUGGACCCAUCUGAGAUUUUGUUGUAAUGUGAAUGUUCUUAGGCGUCAUAGUAUUUUUUAUUGUCCAUGCCAUGGACUUCCAUGUCUACAGUAUGAAGAGUGAUAUGUGAA